CUCUUGAACUUCCGCAAUAUGGAGUAAACAAAGCAGAAAUAUGACAGCAGCAUUAUCUGGGAUAAAAUAACAUCUAAUCUUGGUUCUAAACGACAAAAACAAUAGAAUAUUUGGAAAUCGCCAUGAACUUCGGAGGUCGUGCUAGUGCGGAAAAAAAUGAUGACGUGGGAAAGGAUGAAUGGAUGGACCGGCUACACAAUGUUCACAUCACCCGUGCAGACAUGAACAAUCUGAUCAUGAACUACCUGGUCACAGAGGGAUUUAAGGAAGCUGCAGAGAAGUUCCGAGUGGAGUCUGGAGUACAGCCAUCCAUUGAUCUGGAUCAGCUGGACGAAAGAAUAAAAAUCAGAGAGGCCAUUCAGGAAGGAAAAAUCCAAGAUGCCAUAUCUCUCGUGAACAAUAUUCAUCCUGAAUUAUUAGACAAUGACAGAUACUUGUAUUUUCAUUUACAGCAACAACAACUGAUUGAGCUGAUUCGAGACAAAAACAUUGAAGCUGCUUUAGAAUAUGCCCAAACCCAUCUGGCAGAGAGGGGAGAAGAAAACCCAGAGAUCUUAUCGGAACUGGAAAGAACACUUGCACUUCUUGCAUUCGAAAAUCCAGAAAAUUCACCAUUCGGAGAACUCCUUCAUCCUUCACAGAGACAGAAGGUAGCGAGUGAAUUGAAUGCUGCCAUUUUAGAAGUGGACGCUACACCUAAGUUAGCUAAUUUACUCAAACUGUUGCUAUGGUCACAAGAGGAACUGGACAAGAAAAAAGUGAAAUAUCCAAAAAUGACAGACUUUUCAAAAGGAACAAUUGACGAACCAAAAGGACAGAAAACAGAGUGAAUCUCGAUUAGAUCUCCAUACUCUU